AUGGCAGAACUCUCCAAAGAAGCCAUCAUCCUCAUCGUUAUUGUCGGCUGCGUGGUGUCGGUCCUGAUCGGCUACUCUAUCCAUUAUAUCUCCUCGGGGGGCUUCCGCGAUGACCAGACGGAAAAGGACAUGACGUACGAGCAGAAGGAGUAUAUGCGGAGGAUCCUUGUUGAGAGGGAAGAGGAGGAAAGGAAGGGGUGGCUUGGGGGUGGCUUGGGUGCCAUUCGUGACGACAGACCUGCUGGACAGGUAAUCGUCUAA